AUGGGCCUGUUUAGCAGAGACCGAGGGGAACCCUGGGAUCUUGGAAUUAGGGGGUUGAGUCUGGCUGUUUCUGGACGAACCCCUACGACUAUUUUUAGUAGUGGUUUAACGAUUUACCCAUCGCAGUGUCUGCCGCAGGAUAGCAUGUUGGACUGCUAUAGGGACAGAGUUGCUGCUGCUGCGAUGGCUCUACAACGAUCACGCAUGAACCCACGAGCAGCCAUCUUCCUGAAUGAUAGCCACAAAGCUGUAUCAGUUCAGAUACAGCCGUCGGCCGCAAUGUCGUCCCCGAUACCAGUUGGAGUUUUCUUUAACAUUUUUGCCCUGCGCAGGAUAAGACGCAGAGAAACAACCUCCUCCAGCACAGACUUGGAUUCGCAAGAGAUCCCCAAUGUUUGCUAUGAAACCUGCAAUGGCGCCUUCCUCGAGGCGGCUGGAAGAGGCAAGAUGGCCGCAAUCUGUGCCGACGGUUCCACUUUUUCAGACCUGGUCGAUCAAUGCAGGCAAUGUAUCGAGCUCUUCGUCAACUCGCCUUCCUCGAACUCCACCGCCAGCGCAUCAUCUGGCAGCACCACUGCUGAACUCAAUGAGUUCAUCGCGUAUUGCGACGAACAGGGCGGAGGCAGCGGUAACAGCAAUGUCACACUCGUGAAGGAGAUUGACUCGCUGCUUGCCUCGUACUCGUCCCUCUCGUCUAGUCAGUCUCAGUUGCAGGCUUCUUUGUCGUCGUUGGGGUAUACGGGUGAUUUUCCAGAGUUGACUAGUGCCACCGCGACAGGUGAUGUGACUGCAAGUAGUACGAGCAUGGUUGGGCCGACAGCCACUGCAGGGGGCGAGGAUCGGAGUUUUUCUAACGAGGGUGGGACAGGCACAGAAGAUCUACCCUCCUCCGACACAUCGGAUAUCAAUAUUAUUGCUCCUGCUGUGAUCGUACCGGUUUUUGCACUCCUUGUAGGAUCCGUGCUAGCGUGGGCUUUAAUACGUCGGCGGAGAAAGAGACAAGGCACGGAAGAGAUCGGUGCGGCAGGCGAUAGCUUUGAUGAUAAGGCUCAGCUUCAUGCCGAUGAAUUCAGGCCGGAGCUUGAUGGCUUGGCUAUUGCAAAGAAAAGAUUGGUGAACAUGGAUGAAGAUCUAGCGGAACUGCCUGCAAGGGAACCUAUUGGGGCUGAGUUGGAUGGGCUGGGAAGGAUCCCCAGCAACCUGGGAAUGUACAACCAUGACCGGCUGGGCGCUUUAAUUCAGUUCUUCAACAUAACCAAAAAGCCCAAGGAAUUUAUAGGUUCAUGGGAUAACCGCAUUGUUAAUGCUCUCAAUCCGUCAAGCAUGCUCACCAGCCAGGAGCAGCGAGAUCCGUCGCCUGGACAAUUACACAGAAUUGGUGCUAGUGGUAAUGGCGAAUUAUACUCUGACUCCUUGGCGAUGCGAUGCUCAUGCACAGUUGUCCAUAAAAGUGUUAUGAAUGCUCAAAGGGGAAAGGGUAGAAGGAAGCUGCAUCUAGACUUGUUCAACCCAACCCACGAAACCCGCCAAGAAAUGGGUUGGUUAGAUUUAUCCUUUAUGCAGUGUAGAUUAUCUGCAUUGAGGUUUAAGUAUAGCAUGAUCUUGUAA